GUGUGUGUGUGCGUGCUGAAGGCCAGGUUCAGGUGAAGUGGCUUGGUUACAGGUAGAACACCUCAGUGUAGUGUUACCAAAGAGAGACACGAAGAAGCCGUGACCAAACCCACACGGGCGUUUUAUCCCUGAGUGGACUUAUUUAGCGUGAGUGUGAGAAAGAGCUGCUGUUUCUGCUGACUGACGCUGUUUAGCGGCUGCGCUCUCUGUGUUCAGCCGCAGGAUCGAGUCACAGUCCGACGAGCAAGAAUGAGGUCGUUGCCUGCCUAGAGACCUGUCUCCAUUUAAGAUGGUUCAGUAAAGGUCCCUAGUGAUUAUCCCUCCUCCUGUGGUUAUGGUUGCACCCAACAAGCAGUCAUGAAUGUCCGCCCUCUCCUGUCUAUGACAUGGUUUAGCUCACGUACAAUCCGGUCACCAUGAUGGCCUCCAUGGUUGCUAACGGAAACAGAGACGCCCUGGUCUUGAAAGGGGUGGAUCCAGAGACCUGCAUGAUUGUUUUCAAAAACCACUGGGCUCAGGUGGUGAAGAUCCUAGAAAAGCACGACCCCCUACGCAGCAGUUCCACCGUUCACCCCCUGAGUGUCCUCAGCCUCAGUGCUGGCUCUAGCGGUGGCUCUCGCUUUGGUCCCGUCCCCGGAGAUGAAGCGAGUGCCGUGCAGAACUAUGUUGAGCACAUGCUGUUCCUCCUGAUUGAGGAGGAGUGCGGCCAAGGCGGCGCUAUGGGCCCCAUCCUGGAGUUUGUUGUGAUGGAAAACGUGAUGGAGCGUCUCUUUGUGUGGAGCCUUCGCCGGGAGUUCACGGACGACAUGAAGCUGGAGCAGCUGAAGAUGUACGAGAUGCUGGUGGGACAGGCGCACCAGCCGCUGCUGCACCACAAACCCAUCCUGCGGCCGCUCAUGAUGCUGCUGUCGUCCUGCUCCAGCACGGCAGAGCCUGCGGUCGAGGCUGAGCUGGUGCUGCUGCUCAACCAGCUGUGCUGCGUUCUGGCAAAAGACCCUUCAAUUCUGGAGCUGUUUUUCCACACCAGUGAGGAUCAGGGGGCCACCAACUUCCUAAUUUUCUCCCUCCUCAUCCCCUUCAUCCACAGAGAGGGCACAGUGGGCCAGCAGGCCAGAGAUGCUCUGCUGCUCAUUAUGUCGCUGUCUGCUGAGAACGAGCGAGUGGCCAAACACAUCGCAGAGAACACAUUCUUCUGCCCGGUACUGGCCACAGGGCUGAGCGGCCUGUACUCAUCCCUCCCCACCAAGCUGGAGGUUCCCAAUGAAGAGUGGCACUGCCUCCACAGAGAGGACUGGCUCCAGAUGCCACCACUUGUCCAGUUUCUCAACUCACUGGAAUUCUGUAACGCUGUUAUUCAGGUGGCCCACUCUGUUAUCAGAGACCAGCUGGUUGGUUACAUAUACAACGGAUUCCUCUUACCUGUCUUAGCACCAGCUCUUCACAAGCUGACUCUAGAGGAGGUCAUGGCCACCACAGCUUACCUCGACCUCUUUUUGAGAAGUGUUUCUGAGCCUUCCCUGCUGCAGACGUUCCUUUCCUUCAUCCUCCUCCACCAACACGAGGGUGUCCACAUCUUGGACACCCUGGUCAGCCGCAUCAACACCCCCUUCCAGCUGGGAACUGUGUCGCUGGCGCUCUUCCGCACUCUGAUUGGCUUACACUGUGAAGAUGUGAUGCUGCAGCUCGUACUGAGGUACUUGAUCCCCUGUAAUCACAUCAUGUUGAGUCAGAGACGUGUGCUGAGGGAGAGGGACUGCUACUCCGUGUCAGCAGCCAAGAUCCUGGCUUUAACGCCGUCCUGCUGUUCUCCUGAUCACAGCCCUCCUCCGCUCCGGCAGCUGGACUCCAUCCUUUUUUCCAAGGGUGGAGAGACUUCCAGUAACGCUGACACUACAGAGGAGAAAGAGAGCUUCUCAGAAGAGGAUGAUCAUAACUCCUGCACCAUCGGGUCAGAGGUCUACCUUGAUGUCAGUUACCUUCAUUACCUCUGCGAUGCCCAACUGAGCAUCAGCAGCUGCAUACGGGCCUGCCAGGUGUGGUCGGCCCCGUAUGACGGCGAGGACCCGCCUCCUGAGAAAUACCAGCCCGGCGUCCUCGAGGAGCCCUGGCUCAAGAGCAGGCAAGCACAGGUUGCGCUCAAGAGAGUUCCACAGCCGCUGGCACCGCAAACUAAACCCUGCCCACCGCCGAACGCGGAGAUGCCCGCCACCAACCAGCUGGAGCUGGAGUGGGAUGAUAGUUACGACGUGUGUGCGGUUCAGACUGCAGAGACGCCAGCGGAGAGCAAACCUCCACAGCCGCCUGCCGCUGAGCCGCCAAAGCACAUCCAGGAGUUGAGAAGAACGACCAUCAUGUUGGUGAAAGGCUCGUAUAUUGAGGAGAAUGAGUUCCAGGAUGACGUCAUGGUCUACAAUCUUAUCGCCAAGAAGGACUCUAAAGACGUCGACCGUCGAAAGCAGCAACGUAGCGUGUCGCAAUCAGAAUCACUCCAUCCAAGCUCCGAGGAUGUUGCCCUUAAAAAUGGACUAAAUCUAACACUUCCACCCGCCGUGAUGGCUGAUAACAGUAAGAACAGCUCGGACACAAAGGUCAAAGUUCAAACCGAUUGUAAUUCAAACCUCCAAAACACAACUGCGGCGGAGUUGGGCGACGACCUUCUGGCUCAGUACGAGGAGCUCAUUCGUACACUGGACACACAAGCAGGUGGGAAGCUGGCCAAAGCCGAAGGAGAGUCGAAGAAGCCCGUCACACCUGUGGAGGAUGGUGAAGAAGAGGAGGAGGAGGAGGACAUGGAUUUCACCUCCUUCUCUGCCGAAACACCAGAACCUGAGAAACUGCAGUCGCCAUUCGGGAGCAAGUUUCGUAGCGGAAGUACAAGCAGGAACCAUUCAGUGCCUUUCACAGGUCCGUUCAUCAGCGUGCUGUUGUCUCGUCUGGAGAACAUGCUCUCCAACACUCUCUAUGUCAACUUGCUGCUGACGGGCAUCCUGACUCAGCUGGCGACCUACCCUCAGCCUCUGCUGCGCUCGUUCCUGCUCAACACCAACCUGGUGUUUCAGCCGACUGUUCGCUCGCUGUACCAGGUACUAGCCACUGUGAAGAACCAGAUAGAAGAGUUGGCUUCCACCAAAAAGGACUUUCCAGAGCUGAUCACUGCGGCUCAGCACUGGCUGCUGGCCAGGGAGACGAUCGUAGCAGCAGACAAAAACAGCGGCAGUGGCUCCGCCCACAGCGAGGCGGGGAAGAUGCUGAAGAGUUCGCCGCCGCCGAAACCCAAAGCCAUCUCGCUCGAUCGCACAGAAGUCUUCGCUACCGUCCUCUUCACGGAAUUCCUCAAAGAACUGGCUGCAGUUGCACAAGAGCACUCCAUCUUAUCUUACAUUCCUAUGGAAGAGUAACACGUCCCUGAAGGCCUCUGCCGCGAGUUUUUAAAAAAAAUAGACACUUUUAUGGUGGCUUUUCUACUUUUUUCUCUUUCAGGCACUACUUGAUGAAGAAACCUCUCAGAUGCGGCAGUUUAUGCGACUGCUUUUUAACAGAUAUUUAUUUUUAUGAGCAAAGACAAUCACUUUGAUGUCACCUUUCUACUUCUGUUAAAUGUGAGGUUUCCUGCUCGCUGAAGCGUGCGCGAUAGUCCAGUAACGGUCAGCAGGGCGAGCUGCACGUCGAAACACAACCAAAGACUGUAAACGUCACGAGUGCAGCAGACGAGCAGCCGCGUCGGCAUCGACGCAGCCUAACUCACGUGUAACUGCUCUGCGUCUCUAACGUCAGUUUAAAGUUGGGGGUUUGUUUGUUUCCCGGUCAGUUCAUGUUGGUACCUCAGGAGUUCUCUUGUCUCACUUUGGGUGAAGACAUUUUCCCACAGUGCACUUGUUUCUCACAUGACUGGGCUCCACAAAAACACGGUGUACACUAUAUUUAAGAUGCCUUACGUUAGUGAUGCCUUUAUAAUGUACAUAUUGUAAGAAGACUAUGCAAAUCGUUAUGCAACAUUUUGGGUCUAAUUAAGUUUAGCAUAUUUUCAGAACGGGGCUGGGUAUUUAAGCUUUCUUGCGUUUGUAUUGCCAUAUUUUUUCCUUUCUUUAUUUUUGACUGGUUUGUCACUUCCUUUUGGCGUAGAUGUCGUCGUCGUCGUGUGGGGUGUUUUAGUCGCGGUGACACUUUUAGAAAGGUCAGAUUGUCACACUUUACCCGAGGAGAACAUGCCUUUAUUUUUAAUCCACACUGUUUUGAAAAUGAGAUUUAAUAUAAGAGAUAUAUUUUGUUACAAAGUAUACCUCGGUUCAUUUUUUUUUUUUUUCUUCCAGGAAAUAAAUAGUUUUAAAUACUUUGCUUUACAAAGAAGUUUAUUUUUCAGAAAAAAAAACGCAGUGUAAAAGUGAGGUCACAUGUUUACUGUCAACAUCACUCCAUCGCCGUCCUGUUCCACAAACAACUUAAGACAAAGAUAAAAGAAAUAUAAAAGAUAAAACAUAUAGUGUGGACAUAGUGUCAAACACUGAGAUAAUGGACUGCUUUGAGUAAAUCUAUAGAAGAAAUGUGCUGUAGCAUUAUGAGUAAAUAUAUAUAUUUAGAUCUUUUAUGUUUUGAAUCUGGAUUUCGUUUUCGUUCCCAUUUGAAUCCAUCCAGUUUCUGCUUUGUUUUGAAGGCAUUGAUUUAUACAGUAGGAAACUUCUGUCAUUUUCUUUUCUCUUUUUGUUCCAAAGAAAAUGUCUUUAGAAAUGUGGAUUUGUCCGAAUCGAAGCUGCAAAGGUACGAGAAUGUCGCGGAGCACUUUAUCGGCUCUGUCGUACAACGAUGUCACUCGCGCGGCCGUUCAUAUAGCGCAGCUUCAGCCUCGUCGCUGCUCUGACAAUCACGCGGUUCAGAACAGGUUCAUACGGGUUGUGGAGCAGUUUCUGUCUCGGCAGCUUCCAAAGAUUCAUCCUCUCUCUCGUACAGUUUGGUACUCAGAGACCGAUCAGGUUGCUGUUUGUUUUUGAUAUCUGAAGGCAAGCCUCGUUCAAUAAAGACAAUUUCUGGUAAAGGAAA